AUGGAACCAAAACCUUAUCAAGAUAGGGGAUGGGCCUGGGUGGUGGUUUUUGGAGCCUUUCUUAUUCAUUUUUUAACCGCUGGAAGCGAGAAAGCUUACUCGAUUUGGUACGUGGAAAUCCUUGAAAAAUAUUCGGCCAACGCAACUUGGACAGCCAGCAUAGGAGCAAUAAGUGCUAGCGUCCGACUGAUUCUAGGUCCUCUUGCAGUUUCAUUAUGUAAACGGUUUUCCGUCCAAUCAGUCGUGAUGGCCGGAGGAAUUAUGAGUAGUAUUGGAUUACUUAUUUCUGCCUUCUCGACAAAUAUAUAUUGUAUACUAUUCGGCUUCGGGAUGGUUUAUGGUUUCGGCUUAACACUUGUAUUCACGCCUGCUCUCGUGAUCUGUACGACCUACUUUGAAAAGAGGCGGGCGACCGCCCUUAGUCUAUCGUUAACCGGAGCUGGUGUUGGAGCUCUGGCUAUACCACAACUACUUGUCUUUCUUUUAAAAUCGUACAGCUAUCGAGGUGCAAUGAUCAUCAUGUCUGCAAUAACUCUGAAUUACUGCGUUUCCGGGGCGGUCUUUUUCACUCCCCCGCGUGAGGAAGAGGUGGAAAUCAAAAAAAAUCGCUUGGAAAAAAUUCGUUAUGAUCUGGAAAAAAGAGGAAAAUGUGGAGGCCUAAGAACCAAAUUUGCGUUUCUGGAGUUACUGUCAGAUUUUUGGUUCACUCUGUUCGUCUCAUCUUUCAUUUUCAACAUGAUGGGGUCGGGUCCAGUCACAAUACUCAUCAUCCAUUAUACGGAAGAUUUUGGGAUUGAGGUUAAUAUAUCCGUUCUGCUGCUGGCAGUGGAGGGGGGUGUGCAGGUCUUCGCUCGUGGUCUCUCCGGUGUCCUCUUCGAUCUGGCCUGUGUGAAGGCGCAUCGGGGUGUCGUCUGGUGCUGCAUCAUUAUCGCCUCCUCCGCCAUUGUCUGUCUGAUCUCCAUGGCCAAAUCUCUCCCAGUCAUGGUGGUGCUGAUGGCCCUGCGCGGCCUCUGUCUGGCCAUCUACAUAUCUCAUCAAACCCUAAUGACCUGUGACAUGUGUGAACGAUCUUCCAGUCUUGUACCACACGCUAUCGGUUUGACCCAGUUCUUCAAGGGCAUCGGCAUUCUUUUUGGAUCAGCCAUCUCAGGUUUGUGA